AUGCAGCUCCAGCGGCCUGCCGGCAUCACAAGGCCUCUGGCCCGUGCCACUGUAUCGGUCCAUGCUGUCGCGCGUCCCAGCCGCGCUGCGAGCACCGUCGCGCCCGCGACACCCGCCACCCCGGCGCUGUCCCUGCCCCUCGCCGCGUUUGCGGCCGCCGCGGCCCCGCUGCUGCUGGCCGCCGAGCCCGCCUUUGCCACCGGCGGCGCAUUUGGCAUCCUGGAGGGUCGCACCGCGGCGCUGGUGCACCCGGCGGUUAUGGCGAUCCUGUUUGGCACAACCCUCUACGCCGGGUACCUCGGCCUGCAGUGGCGCCGCGUGCGCACCAUCGGCGACGACAUCAAGGGGCUGAAGGCGCAGCUGCCCAAGCCCGUGGAGGGCGCUGAGGCCGCGCCGCCGUCGCCGAUUGCCGAGCAGGUUGCCGUCCUGGAGAAGGAGCGCAAGGAGCUGGUGGCCGGCGGCUUCAAGGACAAGCACAACGCCGCGGGCAACGUCCUACUUGCCUUCGGCGUGGCCAUCGCCGUCGAGGGCUGCGUCAACACCUGGAUGCGCACCGGCAAGCUGUUCCCCGGCCCCCACCUGUUCGCCGGCGCCGGCAUCGUGGUGCUCUGGGCGCUCGCGGCCUCGCUGGUGCCGGCGAUGCAGAAGGGCAACGACAACGCGCGCAGCGCGCACAUCGCGCUCAACACGCUCAACGUCGCCCUGUUCGCCUGGCAGCUGCCCACGGGGCUGGACAUCGUCUUCAAGGUCUUCCAGUUCACCAGCUGGCCUUGA